UGCUGUCUGUACAGUCUACCCCAAUCGCUUCUGGAGGAGGAGAAGCAAAAGGUAACGGAAGCCGCAAUCAUGAAACAGAUUUAAAUGAAAACAAAAUAGCGGUUGCAGAAAUUAAUAUCUGUAACCGAGCUACAUGACAGAAAGGGUAGUACUGAGAAUAAGUACGAGAGGCACGAAAAACAGCCAUGCAGUUCAAAUACAGAAGACAUUGAUGAAAUAAUACGUUUCCGCGAAGGAAGGGUUCCUUGCGGUCUCUCAAGGUUGGGUCGGCGAGGGAGUGUUCCUUCUCGCCGCAGAUCGGCCAAGAUGUCAGCGGAGGAGCUGGGCUUCGAGGAGGCCGGGCCCGAGUGGCUGCGCACGGAGAUCGAGCGCCUUUCGCGGGAGCUGAGCGACACGACGCGGGAGAAGAUCCAGGCGGCGCAAUACGGACUGGCGGUGCUGGAGGAGAAGCAGCAGCUCAAGCAGCAGUACGAUGAGUUGGAGGUGGAGUACGACAGCGUGCGCCAGGAGCUCGACCAGCUCAGAGAGGCCUUCGGACAAGCCCAUUCCAACCACAAGAAGGUGGCAGCUGAUGGGGAGAUCCGCGAGGAGUCCCUGCUCUUGGAGUCGGCUUCCAAAGAGGCGUACUACGAACAGAGGGUCCUAGAGUUGCAGACAGAGCUGCGGCAGCUGCGCAAUGUGCUUACCAACACCCAGUCGGAGAAUGAGCGCCUCGCCACCAUCGCCCAGGAGAUGCGGGAGAACCAUGAGGUGGUCGAGCUUCAGCGUAGCCGCCUGCGUGAUGACAUCAAGGAGUACAAAUUUCGGGAAGCACGCCUGCUGCAGGACUACACCGAGCUGGAGGAGGAGAACAUCUCGCUGCAGAAGCAGGUGUCCAUGCUCAAGCAGAGUCAGGUGGAGUUUGAGGGCCUGAAGCAUGAGAUCCGCAGGUUGGAGGAAGAUACAGAGUUCCUGAACAGCCAGCUAGAGGAAGCCAUCCGCCUGAAGGAGAUCGCAGAGAGGCAGCUGGGUGAGGCUCUGGAGACCAUCAAAACCGAGCGUGAACAGAAGAACAACCUGCGCAAAGAGCUGUCGCACUACAUGAGCAUCGGAGACUCCAUGUACCACAGCCCCCUGAGCAUCUCCCUGGAUGGCCUCAAGUUCAGCGACGACACCAUCGAACCCAACAACGACGACAUUCUCAAUGGCUUUGACGGCAGCUUCUGUAAGCUGGCCGGCAGCGGCAGCGAUGACAACAAAAUUUCCACCCCGAAAAAGGGUGACUUCUUCCACCCUGCCCCGAGCCUGGUUAAUGACCUCCUGAGCGAACUUAACAUCUCAGAAAUCCAGAAGCUCAAGCAGCAGCUCAUGCAGGUGGAAAGGGAGAAGGUGAACCUGCUGUCGACUCUUCAGGACUCCCAGAAGCAGCUGGAGAAUGCUCGCGGGGCACUGUCUGAGCAGCAUGAGAAGGUCAGCCGUCUCACGGAAAACCUCAAUGCCAUGAAGAAGCUGCAAGCCAGCAAAGAGCGCCAGUCGGCCCUAGACAACGAGAAGGAGCGAGACAGCCAUGAGGAUGGGGACUACUACGAGGUGGACAUCAAUGGGCCUGAGAUCUUGGAGUGCAAGUACAAGGUGGCCAUGUCUGAGAUUGGGGACCUGAAGGAGGAGCUUAAGACGCUGAAGGCCAAAUACCAAGAUUGCCAGGGCAAGUACACUGAGGAAAAGGGCCACCUGGAGAACGAAGUGCAGGUGCUAACGGAGAAGCUGUCCUCGUUGGAACAGAGCAACCGCACUGACCGCAGCCAGGUGGAACGCCUGGAGAAGGAGCUGAAGAAGGUGAGCGACGUAGCCGGAGAGUCCCAAGGGAGCCUCAGUGUUGCCCAGGAUGAACUGGUCACCUUCAGCGAAGAGUUGGCCAACCUCUACAAUCACGUCUGCAUGUGCAACAACGAGACACCCAACCGCGUCAUGCUCGACUUUUACAAGGAGGGCAAGGGUGGCCGUAACAGCCCCGAAGGCAAGGGCCGUCGCUCCCCCAUCCUGCUCACCAAAGGGCUCUUCCCAGAGUCUGGAAAGGGUGAGAAUGGCGACGGUAUUCCAUCUCCUGUCUCUACGCUCCCGUCCCCAGUGUCAGAUGCCCGCAGGGAACCCAUGAACAUCUACAACCUGGUUGCUAUCAUCCGGGACCAAAUCAAACACCUGCAGAUGGCCGUGGACCGCACCACUGAGCUGUCUCGGCAGAGGGUGGCCUCACUGGAGCUGGGCCCCGUGGUGGACAAGGACAAGGAGGCUUGUAUGGAGGAGAUCCUGAAGCUCAAGUCUCUGCUGAGCACCAAACGGGAGCAGAUUGCCACUCUGAGGACUGUGCUGAAGGCCAACAAGCAGACAGCCGAGGUGGCUCUGGCUAACCUGAAGAGCAAGUACGAGAAUGAGAAGGCCAUGGUGACGGAAACCAUGAUGAAGCUGCGCAACGAGCUAAAGGCCCUGAAGGAGGAUGCCGCCACCUUCUCCUCCCUCAGAGCUAUGUUCGCCACACGAUGCGACGAGUAUGUGACGCAGCUGGACGAGAUGCAGCGGCAGCUGGCAGCCGCCGAGGAUGAGAAGAAGACCCUCAACUCGCUGCUGCGUAUGGCCAUCCAGCAGAAGCUGGCCCUGACGCAGCGGCUCGAGGACCUGGAGUUCGACCACGAGCAGUCGCGCCGCGGGAAGGGCACCAAGUCCGGCGCCUCCCCCGGCACCGCCGCCUCGCGCGGCAAGAGCACCCCCGCCAACCCGCAUGUAAGUCAUGGGCUCUCCUGCGCCGGGCGCCCCGAGGCCAACGGGAUCGGUAACCCAGUGGUCUUCUGCAGUGAGAAGUACAAGAUCUACUGCGACUAGAGGGGGUCGCGCAGGGCCCUGCCCACGGACUGCUCUGUAUAGAGGGAACCUUUGGACCCCGCUGUAGUAUUAAGAGCCCCACUUGCUUUAGCGCUGACUUAUGCUCCUUAUUCUGGGUGUGCUGCUAGCGUACCGUCUGUGGGAACGAGGUUAGCUCUUCAUUGUGUAUGGCAUGGCGAUGGCUCUGUACAGGUGAAUUACUCUGCGCGUCGGGUUUGGCUCUCAAGGUUUUUUCUCGUGCUGUUCGUAAAGGUGGCGGCUUCCCGCUUGCUCUAGCCUGCGUCUCUUUUAGCCGGCAGGGCCAAGGGUUCUGACCGGGCGUCGUCACGCUGCUUUCUCUCGUCGUGGGCCUGUCCACAUUCGCCUUGCUUCGCCUUGCCACCUCUUCCCCGCCUCCCCAGUCCAGACUGCUGGAGGCAACCUUUUUCAAGCCCCUCCUCCUCCUGCUCCUUCCGCUAAGGGCUGCUCCAGGCUUGCCGGACUAGCACUCGCAGAACCAGCGCCUCCGGAUUCGUUCUCUAACACGGAGGAACCAGCACAAUUGGCAGUUUCAGCGGUUUCCCCCAAAUUUUGACCAAAGCAUGGAGGGGUUUCAGUAGCCCUACUGCGUGUUUACCCAUGAUCCCUUGUGGCUGGAGGGGUGGCGCUUGAUGUGUAAUCUCAUUGCACAUGUUUACACUCAGUAUAAAAUAUGCAAGAAUCUGUUUGAUUAGGAAUUCACAGAUUCAUUCUCCUACAUCUGAACUCUGAAACAGCGAUGUUAUUGCUAGUUGGGAUUUGAAAUUGGAUUGAUCGGGUGCGAAAAAAUUAAAAAAAUGAUGAUUUCCCAAUGUUGUCCCCUAGGAGGAGCACUUGGCCCGGGUUACCUGUGCACCGAAGGGUACACCUCGCUGUUUGCCCGGAGGUACAGAUGUGCUAUUUUUCCCGUGGGCUCAGUUAAUCGGUCAAUUACCCACCAGUGUCCUCUAAGGCUGUUAACCCUUUAGUCGCAGGUGUAGGUAAAGCGGGCACACACGUUCCACAGGGCUCUGAGUUUCCCUAACGGCGAUUCGCGUUGUUUCAGAGGGAAUAAAAGUCAUUCUCAACGUUUUACCCUUGAUCCAGAAAUGUUGAAAGAAGUUCUCUCAGAGCCAUACUGCGAAAGGAGAGUGAGACAAAUCUGAAAUUAAGUGCACUUCUUAUUCGGUGCCUCUGCCUUCGAAACUAUAAACAAGCAAAAGAAAGUGGUUUUGGGAUUUAUAAAACGAUACUGUGAACAGAUGCGACACAUGAAUAAAUUUUUUCCCCCCAGUCCUGAAUAUUUUUUAUCCAAAAGAGCACAACAGAUUGGGCACUCUCGUUUUGGAUCUGAUUUUAGUACAAUGGAGGAAUGGUGCGCAAACGGAAGUGCCUGCCAGCACAGCCCUUCGGUGUACGCGCGCGUCGGGUCCAAAUGGACCCGUAAAGCCGAACUCUCCUCUCCUCUCCUGUCUAGUGGUAGCCGUGGCUGCGCUCAGGUCCGCGUUGGCGACUCUCUCCUUGCUUCGUCUGACUCCUCUCUUGUAGAUCGUCAGCAGCUUUGCUCCCUUUGCCUCGCCACUAUACCGAUAAGUAGGAGAGAGGAGAUCCUCCAUAUUGUCGUCAGGUAAUGUCCUCCCUCCUCCCUGUGAGGGAAGUCCAGUCGGGCUGUGAAGCGUACAAGCGAACCUCGCUCGACUGAUUUUUAAACGUAAACAGCAGCACUACUUCCAUAUACUCAGCAAGCGCAAUGUCUGGUUUAGGAUGUGCGUUCCGUUCCGCUCCAUCUUGUGCAUCGCUGCUCCGUAGAGGAGAGCGGGGGGGUUUCCCGCGCGAUCCAGCGCAGCUCCGACACGGAGGCUGCGGAAAAAGACGUGGGCCGUUGAGGUUUUUUCUGACACUUUUCCUCGUUAGCUUUAUACUAAUACAAGCAGGGUUGAUGUAGAGGAAAAAAAAAAAGUAAUUUUGCUAUUUUUACUAAUGAUCUAGUCGCAAAUGCGAUCCUGUUCAGGUUCUCGUUUUCAAGGAUGCUUGAAAAUGAACCCUUGGAAGUAGGAUUUUUUUAAUAUUGUAUUGGCGGAAUCGGGACGAAGACGACAACGAAAAUGUUUCCAUCAACCCUGCUUGGCUCUGCUGUUGUUCCAGGUCUUAGGUGUUUGUUAGAUUAGGAGCCAUGAGGCAUGGAAAACAGCAGUUUCUUGCACUCACAAAAAUGGAUAUGAGGCUUUUAGAAGCAACAAUACAUUGAAUCACUUGGCUUGAAGAAAAGCACAUGUUGCAAAAAGACAAAAGAAAAGAAAACUCCGGGGUCUCUCAAGGUAAUAGGCAGAAGGAAGGCCAGUGUCCUGGGAAAUGAGUCGUGCCUGUCACUUUGAGAGCAAAUGUCGGUGUUUCGAAAGCGGUGAAAUUUUCUGUAUUUGUCACUAUUGUCGUCCCAGGACGUCGAUUCUAAUUAGCCAUAGAAACAGCCUUGCAUCUCUUUCUUGGGUGCCCUCGCUCGCCUUGGCGACAUCUUCUCCUGCGUCCCCAGAGCAUGAGGCGAACCCUUCAUCUUUAACGUGACAUUUUCACAGACAGGCUCUGUGGUUGUAUAAUUUUCUUUUAGGUUUUUUUUCUUUUUUUUUUUCUUUUUUUUUUUUUGAGGAAAGACUGUCACUAUGGUUUGAGCUCAGUGUGUUCAUCAGGGGCACAGCAUGUCAACUGACCAUUUCCUACCUCUGCUUCAAGGCUUGUUUUUGUAUACAGUGGUGUGUUAUUUGCAAUGGCAAGCCUGCAUUUAACCUGCUACCCCCCCUCCCACCCCUUCCCCACUCUUUCUCCUAAACUGGUGCAUGGCUGCGCUGGUAAACUGGUACUUGUGAGGCACUGGCUUCCUGCACACGCUGGCCCUCUGGUAUGUGUGUGUGUGCGUGUGCGUGUGCGUGUGCGUGUGCGUGUGCGUGUGCGUGUGCGUGUGCGUGUGUGUGUGUGUGUGUGUGUGAGCCUCUGGGGUUGCUCUUUCACCCCAAGCUACACAACACUUGACACCAUGGCAACAAAACAAACUUCAGUGGCACUGGCUACUGCAGCCUGUGGGUACUAACAGUUUUGGCCCUUCUUAUUCAAACUAACAUGGCUUUCCAACAGUGCGUGCAAUCUUUUUUCUUCUUUUUAAAAACGAAGGAAUUGCUUCUCUCGCUCGUAUACAGUUUGCAUAUUUACACAAAAUAUUUUCUAAUAUUGAUUAUUUCUCCAUUUUUGCAGUAAUGUAGUUCAGCCUGGAUGUGGAGUUUCCGGCAAAGGGUGAGGUCGCAGGGCCGACUCCCAGGCCUAAACGUCGCCAGAGCAUAGCGAGGCCAAUAGCCUGCCCGUUAGGACUCGAGAAAUCCACUUGGAGGCUUUCAAUUUGGCAAACGAAAGGCAAAGCGGACAUACUGCAGUUAGCGCACACGCCAGCACACGCUUCAUGGCAUGACCCUUACCUUGUGUUCGCACAAAUUGAUGAGCUUUGAAGAGCUGGUGCAGGGAGUCUCUGCUCACAAGUACCAAGGAGAAUCGUGUUACUCCCCCAUAACCACAAAGGUUUUGAUUUACUUUAACAUUUUCUUAAUUUGCUGCAGAUCCCUCACCUUGUGAAAUGAGGGCUCACUGAUCGACAUAACUUUGCAAUUACUCAGUGUUUAUCUUCUACCUGUGCACUUUUAUAUAGGGGUAUUUCACCUUUAUUUGUCUUUAUUUUUAGCCUAGCAGCACACUGUAGUGCUUUGGUUUGUGAUCUUUAACCUUAGUGAAUUUCUGUCCAAAAGUCACCAAGAUUGAAACCCUUCAGUCAUUAUAGCGCAAACCAGAGCUCUACAUGCUGUGCAUCAGUGAAUUAAUCCUUAACUCAGUUCAUAAACAUUUUUGUUUUGUCAUCAUCAUCAUCAUUAUUAUUGUUGUUAUUAUUAUUGUUGUUAUUUACAGAUAUUAUACUGCCAUGUUCUAAACAAAAUCCAGGGUAAGCAAAUUCUGGGGUUUUCCAUGUAUUAUUAUUCUUAGGAAUAGCUCAAAGUAACAAGGAGAAACUUGACGUUGUUCUGGUUUAAACGGUGGGCGACUGAAAACCAUGAAUGAAACGAUUAGUAUUUCCAACUCCGUUCCACAGCUUGUGGAACACAAAGAUUCAGGCGGGAUCACUGACGGACAGAAUUUUCUGCAAGUGCACUAAUUAAAUUCCAAAUUGGAAUUGUUUCAUUCUCUCUUUGGUUAUUGUGCCAAAUCGUGGUACACUUUUUUUUUUUUUUUUUUUUUUUUGUUUUUUGUUUUUAGGUUUUUUGAGAACAAGAUGAAAAGCGGGAAGUGGGCUAGUUGAGGACGAUGCGCUUUGGGUUCUCUUCUACAGCGCCUUGUUUUAUGUUGCUCUCCAUUCUGACCAGUAGUGCCUUUUAUUUCAAGGGAGAAUCCUACACUAGUGUGGUAUUUUAGGGUUAAAACGAAAUGGCUUGUAACAAACGUUAGCUGGGAUGGAUUUUAGGAGCAAUAAGUGCAAAAAAUUGUUUUUUGCAUGAGCUUGACUAGUUACAUAAAUUAAUAAGAAAUUGUAUUGAAUUCUGUAGGUCAGUGAUCCCAUUAGAAUGCAAAUUCAGGGCUGUAGUGGAUCUUUUUUAUUGAAACUUUGGGAACCAAAAAUAAUCACUUUGGCCUCCUAAUGAAUAAAAUAGUUCAAAUAUAACACAUUUGUUGUGGGUGCAGGAUUAUGUACUAUUUGAAAUAUUAACGUAUCUCUAGCAUUGUAUGGUGAAGGUAACGUGAUAUCAAUAGUAUUGUUGGCAAAUGUGUAAGCUUUUUUGUUUUUUUUUUUUAAAUUAUAAUUUUAAUUUUUUUUUUUUUUACAUUUAAGCAUUAUUUCAGUAAACAGAAAGCAAAAUUCGCAUCAACAAGCUUGUUAUGCCAUUGCAGUGAUACGGUUUGUUGAGGCAUUAAAAUGUCAAGCUAUUGAUAAGGUUGGAAAGUUUAAAAUUAAGUGCAAUUCAAAUGCUGUUUUACUUGGGGAAAAAGUUUUCUGUUUGCUGGAAGUGAUAGCAUUGUGAUAACUAGUCGUGCAAGACUUUAUAUUAUCAUAUUCUGUUACAGUAUUGAUCCUUUUGAGAAUUUGAUACCUUUAUAUGAAACAAUGACUUCAUCUGUAUGUUGGUAUUUAUUUGAAAUGAUGUCAUGCAGUACUGUAUUACUUUAAUGUGCAUUACAAUUAGUGGCAAAUUGAUGUCAACUUAAUGUCAUAUGCAUGUUCUUCAGUCAUGGAACCUUUACACAGAACCGAAAACAAAAUGCGUGUAAUUCUAAAAUAUGUUAAAAGAAAGAGGAAAAAAAGUUUAGACGUAAAUGUAUUACUUACAAACUAAUCCUUAAGAAAUAUUGUUUUGUUUUCUCUAGAAAGGCUGUAUCUGUGUAAAGGUAGUCAUACUGACUAAAUCAAUAAAUGUGGAUUAAAA